CAUCAUUUUACGGAAGUAAAGACCCAGAGCUGCGACUCUGCGCCCUGUUGGGGCGAUGUCCGCACGGCGUUGCGUGGCCAGCACGCUGGCUCUGUUUUGCGUGGCCGGCACGCUAGGGGCCGAUGCACAUCCAAGCGAUAGCGGGGGCGGCGCGAUAGUCACGGCCACAGAGCUCGCGUCUCUGGCCUCCAGUGGAGAUGCGGUGCAGCUAUGGCAGCGAGCCACGGCCUCUGCUGCUGCCGCCGUCGUCGAGGCGCUGGAAAAGCAGGAUGCUAGCAAGACUGUGGAGCUGCGCGGCGCAGACCUGGGCGAGCUGCGCAUCUGGCACGGCCAGUCGGUGUCGCUGGGGCUGGAAGCUGACGGGCAGGUGUACCGCUACGUGGUGUCGUCGGAGGAGGACUGGCGGAGCCUGGAGCAAGUGCUGCCCGCCGCACAGGGCGGCCUGCUGCCCAGGCACGACUGGGAUUCGAUUGAGCGAGACUGGCUGAGCCCCGUCAGCCGCGGCAGCCUACUGCCCGACUUUGCGCUGGAGGGGCCGGUGGAUGUGUUCCUCACCAGGCCGACCGCGCUGCAGCUGUUCCUGCCGCACGCCAGCGACGCGGGCACUGUGCAGCGCGUGCUGCUGCGCGAGGGGGCGGCCGUGAUGGUGCGCGGCGCGCGCUCGGUGCGCCUGCGCCGCGGCCUCGACCUGCCGCCCAUCGGCCUGUCGGAGUUCGCCGGCAUUGUGGCCGCCGACGCUGGCCAGCGCCAGCCGCUGGGCGUGCUGCACCUGCUGGCGGGGGUGCGCGCCGCGGCGGCGGCGCACUGGAACGCCAGUCACCCCGACCAGUCCCUGGGCCUGGUGGGGCUGGAGCUCGAUCUGUCACCCCACGGCGCAGCCCUGCUGGCGGCGCCCGCCGCCACCACCACUACCGGAGGCGGCGGCAGUGGCCAGCGCCUGAGGGUGCGCCCCGUCAAGCCGGGCGUGAUCGAGCUGGUGGCACGCGACGCGCCGCCCCAGGGCGGGGAGGCUGCGCGGGGCGCGGUGGCGGUGCCGUCGGCGGUACCGCCCUCGCCCACCUGGCCCUUGGCCUCGGUGCACCCCAUGCAGCUGCAGUCGUACGAGCGGCUGCUUCGCCAAGUCAUCUCCAGCCGGCUGUUCAGGGCGCCCAAGGGGCAGCAGCAGGCUUUCCGCGUGGCCCAGGACGUGUCCCUGCGCCUGCUGGAGACGGAGGCGCAGGCCACCACGCUGCUGCAGCUGAGGCUGGAACUGGAGCGGCGGCCCAGGAAGAAAGCGGCGGGCGCGGCAGCGGGCGCGGCGGCAGCGCCUGCGGGGCGGCGGCGGCAGCAGCAGCAGGAGCAGCAGCAGGCGGUGGCGGUGGCGGUGGCGGACGACGAGCCGCCGGACGCGCACCAGGUGCUGGCGGCAGCUGCGGGGCGGCUGGGGCCGCACGAGACCUGGCGCGCAACGGUGCAGGUGCGCGGCGACGCGCAGCGCGGCACGCUGCGCUUUGUGCCGCUGCACCUGGAGCGGGUGGGCGCCUCCCACGACACCGUCAAGUUUGCCCAGGAGGCGCUCAACAGCUUGUAUGGCAUGAACCGCAGCGAGGUGGUGGCCCAGUGA